GCCCCAGUGCCACCACUGCAACCUCACUGUCAUGGGUUUACCAGCCUCCCUUUCUCUCCCCCCAGCAUAUACCUGGACUGGCAGCAGCUCCCCCUGUGGCUGUGGCCCCUCCCACCCAGACCCCAGCAACAGUGCCCCUGCCUACCUACCCUACCCUCCCUCAGGGAUCAAGCUACAUUUUACCAGUUUGUUGGUGGGAUAUCAGCUAAUGGGGGACGUGAUGGACCCGAGGACAUAAUGGGGGGACUAAAGGUUGCACUGAAUAAUCUUUCCUGGAGGCCUGCUGGCUCAAGAGUCCUUGUUCACAUUGCUGAUUGCCCAUGUCAUGGUACAAUGUACCACAACAUGUCUGACAACUACCCAAAUGGUGACAGGGAAGGAAUAACACACGAGCAGAUGAUGGCAAACGUCAAGGAUCGGGAAGUAGAUUACUGGUUUGGUUAUAUAAACCGCGGAAACACCGACAAGAUGAUUUCUAUCUUCAAUGACUGCCUUCAACGAGUUAGCAACCAAAGGCUACUUAUCAGACAGUUUGAUGCCAUGCAGCCAACCGAGGUCCGUGCCUCUGUUCAUCGCUCCGUUUCUGCCAGUAUCUAUGGCUCACAAGCAGCCAAAAACGCUCGUCUGAGAAAGUACAAGAUUGAUUCUACCAUUCCUGAGUGGCACUCCACAUCACUAAUUGAAAACUACGGACAAAAAACACCAGCUGUAGGGAUAAAGUCCCUUUAUGAUCUGCAAGCGGGGUUGCUUCCUGAGCAACCGACUAUACCUGUUACAUUCAAGUGUGCCCCAAAUCCUUUUGCGGAGGGCAGUGAAUGCCUCGUCUACCAUGGCUAUGACCUAACCAACAAGAGAGCAAUGGUCUUGAAGAAGUAUAAACGAGACGGGGCGGAAUUUAAUAGCCUUGAUUGCUAUAUGCGCGAGAUUGAAGUACGCACGAUAUACACCACCUAUGCCAGCCAUUUUAACAAUCUCAAGACCAAGCCACCAGGGUCGGCAAGGCUGGAAGUAAUCCCAGUGGAUGUGGUGUCCUGUCCUGGUCAAGACUACUAUAUCAUGGAGACCUUCCUGGGAGGAGAGGUGGAGAAGUACAGCAACAAUGCUGGCGUAGUGUGCAGCAAAUCCCCCCAUUCUGAACUUCUGCAAGCCUUCAGCCACUUUACUUGGGUAGUGUCGGGGAAGUCCCUUGUCAUUUGUGAUCUCCAAGGAGUAGAAGGGCCAGGUCAUGUGACCCUUACUGAUCCAGCAAUUCACUCCGUUACAGCCAGUACUUAUGGACACACAGAUCUUGGGCAAGAAGGAAUCCACACCUUUUUUAAGACACACUUGUGUGGAGAUGUAUGUAGGGUUAUGGGAUUUAGCAUACAGAUUCCAUAAUUUCCCUGAACUUAUAAAAGACUUGGAUUUAGUGCAUACUGCCUUUUAGAAAAUGGUGUAGACUGUUGUAACUUGUGUACUGAAUUAGAGAGAUUUCCAGUGGGCGUUGUAUGACAUUC